CGCCCCGCCCGCCGCCCGCCCCGGCCCCGCGCCUGCCGAGCCGCUCCCGCUGGGCGCCCCGACGGGGUCCGGCCGGGGGCGGGGGGCCGUGGCCGCCGAGGAUGGGGAAAUCCAACAGCAAGUUGAAGCCCGAAGUUGUGGAGGAGCUGACCAGGAAGACCUACUUUACCGAGAAGGAAGUCCAGCAGUGGUACAAAGGCUUCAUCAAGGACUGCCCCAGCGGGCAGCUGGACGCUGCAGGCUUCCAGAAAAUCUACAAGCAGUUCUUCCCAUUUGGAGAUCCUACCAAGUUUGCCACGUUUGUUUUCAACGUCUUUGAUGAAAACAAGGAUGGGCGGAUUGAGUUCUCCGAGUUCAUCCAGGCACUGUCGGUGACCUCAAGGGGAACCCUGGACGAAAAGCUUCGGUGGGCCUUCAAGCUCUACGAUCUGGAUAACGACGGCUACAUCACCAGGAACGAGAUGCUGGACAUUGUGGACGCCAUUUACCAGAUGGUGGGGAACACCGUGGAGCUCCCCGAGGAGGAGAACACCCCCGAGAAGAGGGUGGACCGGAUCUUCGCCAUGAUGGACAAGAAUGCCGACGGGAAGCUGACCCUGCAGGAGUUUCAGGAAGGAUCGAAGGCGGACCCUUCCAUCGUGCAGGCACUGUCCCUCUAUGAUGGGCUGGUAUAGUCCGGGGCCCAGAGCCGGGAUGCCUGGGAAUCACUCACCUCCUCCGAGCCGUGAGGCCCCCUCCGCCCCAACACCGCCCUCCUGUGUCCACCCAGCCUUUCUCCGCAUCCACAGCCGGCCGGGCUGCCCUGGAACCGCGAGGCCCGGCUCGCCUCCCCCCUGCCCUGCACCCACCGCCGCCUGAAGCCACCGGCUCCAAUCGCCGACCACCUCUGCUUGUCCAGAAACCAACACGGAACGGAAAAGGCUCGAGCCUUCUGCAAAACCAAGGACUCGGCUGCUUCGCGGGCAGCCUCUGGGUCCCUCCCGCUCUCCUGUGCGUGUGCUUUUGUUUUUUAUUUCAAACAGACCUUGAAAAAGAAACAAAAAACAAAAAACAAAACUACCUUCUGUCCUAGAAGGUGCAGACUGACAGAUGGGGAGAAGGCUACCUUUGCGUUGACCUCAGAGAACACUGCCUCCCGCCUCGGCCGUCCUUCGGCAGCCGGAGAGGCCACGGGGAGUCAGGGCCACGGCCACGGUGCGCUCGGGGUGGCGGGGGGUGGGGAGGGGCGCCGGAUCCCGCCGUGCGCUCGGGGCGGCGGGGGGAGGGGCCGCCGGAUCCCGCUCUUUGCCGUUCCAUCCUCGAGCAGUGGAAACCCCCUGCGUGGCUAGGAUGAUUCAUGAUGAGAAUGGUUUUUUUGUGUGAUAACAGUAUUGUGCUUUUUGUGGGGAAAGUGAGUUUUUUUUAUACAUAUAGAAUUGAUAUCUUUUAUUUAUUGGUUGUUAACUGUUGCUGCUGCCUCGCGUGUCCAAAGCUCCCAGGGAUGCGGGGGCUACCGUUGACAUGUGCACGCCCUUGCCCCCCUGCCCACCUGUGCUUGGGAGGAUGGUGGCCGGCAGCGGCCAAGAAGCCAAAAAACUUUCUCUCUCUUUCUCUCUCUCUCUCUCUCUCUCUCUUUUUUUUUUUUUCCAGAUACUGUGCUUGAUGUGUGGAGAGGGGGAAGGGUAGGUCUCUUAAAUGGCUGAUGCACUGUCCCCCCCACCCCCAGCCCGAAUGCUUCCUCUUGAGCCCCUUUUCUCGGCUUCCUGUCCGCGCUCCCCAUCCUGUGUCCUCCUCUGAGUCCACAGCAUCUUUUCCGAGGACGAACAGGGGACAUCUUUUGGUUUCGCGACUCUGGCUUUGGUGUUUGCCGCAGCAUGGGGCCUCGGAGCCAGCGGAGGAGGACUGGGUCCCUUCGGGAAGGGGAGGGGGGCGCUCUCGGCAAGCGCCUGAGCAGAAGGAAGGGCUCCUUCGCCCUCCGCGGUGGAUAUUUUGAAAACCGUCACUUAGUUCUCUCCCACUUGCUUUUCUGCCUGCCUGCCUUGUCCAGGGGACCACAGAGCAUCCUGCCUGCUACCCUCUCAGCUCAGAUGCUGGGAGGGAGGGCAGGAGAGAAAGGCCGCAGGCAGUCCCCUUCAGUAGUGACCGCUCCUAGAGCCUGUGGCCCCCAUGUGCUCAUAGGAAGCUUCUAACCCCACCAGUCACUGAGACAGGAUAGCCCGAGAGCUGCCAUCAGAAAAGCCAGAUGACUUCAGGCCAGAGGCUGGAAGCCUGCGGCCGGCCCUGCUGUGUGACUGUGGGCAGCCCCAGCCUCUCUGGGCCCCGGCUACCUGAGCUGCAAAGCCAGGAGGGCUUGGGCUGCUUGAUCUGGAAGGUCCUCCUCCAUGCCGACGCUGUCUAACUGUAAACCUGCGCUUUUUACGGUUUAUGAUUCUGCGGUCGUGGCUAAGUUUGCCAGAGUCCAGCAGACACGGGAACGGCCCGAGUCACUCUUUGGUCUCUUGGCACAAGUCUCUGCGGAUAUGGCAGUUGUGGUGUGUGGGGUCAGACGACCUACCUGGCUCUUUUUGCAGUUCUUCCUGGUCCCUCCUGGACUCUUUGGCCGAGAACCUCAUCGAAGGAAGGCUUCUGGAAUGGGAAGCAGCCUCCCUCAGUCCAGAUCUGACUCUAGAAUUCCUGCUUCUUUGCAAAGUCAGCAGCCUGUCCUCUCCCUGCUUACCCCAGCCCCAGGAGAGGAAAAGCUGGCCCUUGGUUCUCACUUUGAAUUGUCCUUGGUCUUCACUUUGCACUUUCCCAGGAGGCCAGAGCGUCUGCUAAUUAACCCAGAGCAUGGCUCUGCCAGCGCGGGGCUUGCAUGUCCGUUCCCGCGGGCCGGACCGCUCAGCUAGUCCCAGACUCCCUUUUUGCUCAGCAGAGCCCGUGGCUGUCCUCCACCUCCACUGGAAGCCCCCAGAUUCCACGGGUACCAGGACCGCUUUCAUUUUCACAGGCGACUUUGUAGGCGGGGUCCCUCCAGGCCCCCAUGGUCACCUUCCUGCUCAGGCCACUGGCUCAGAAGCCCCGGGACUCCCCACCUGAUCCCAGCUCUGAUCUAGGAACCUAGGGCAGGAGAUUGACUUGCUGGCUUGGGGCUGGAGUUGGGGAGAGGGGGGCCCUUCCCCAUGUCACAUUUCUUCUCUGGCUCCUGCCUGAGCCUCGAUUUGCCUCUCUGGCCCAGUGGGGAGGAGCUGUCGAGUAGCCUGUGCUAGAGGCAUCAUCUCGGUAAGGGACUUGUAGCUCAGAAUUACCCAGGGUUACCCAUGUGGAGCCCCCCCAGCCCCCACCCCACCCCCCCAGACAUCCAUAGAGCAUCUGCCUAUGAGGCCUUCUUCUCACCUUCUUGCCCUCUGUCCUGGUUUGGAGCCAUGGGUGUGGCUUUUGGCCUUAACAGGUGUUCUGUGGACCCAUGGCUCAGGCGCACCUUGGGUCCAUGCCCUGGGACAGCCCGGAGCCCCUGGAAGGGCCAGCCUUCUUCCUGGUGGGGUGCUGGACACUGGCCAUUUGUGCCCUACGUUGCCGGGCAGGGACAGUUCUGUCCCCUUCUCUCACCACGCCUCUAGAUCUGGAAUCCUGAGCAGCUGUGGGCCUCUGUCCCCAGCAGCGAUUUCCACCCGAGGCCCAGGGCGGUCACAUGCUGCUCUCUGGGGGUUCCAGACCCACUGGUGGCCAGGCUCUCCGUCCCUCUGCUGACCCUAGCAGCGGCCCUGGCCUCUUCCUCACAGCGUCCCCUCCCCACUCUGUGUUGAUGGCACCGAGGCGAAUGCCAGAGUUCCUGGUAAUGUAACCAGGCAACAUUCUGAGUAACGUCUAGGAACACGUGUGUGUCUUCGUUCCCCUGAAAUGCUUUUCUGUUUGACAGCCAGCUUCCUAGACGACAGGCACACCUGGGCUUUCGGGAACCUGUCUUUCCUCUAAGGGUAAGAAGGUUGGGGGUGCCCUGGCCCCCCGGGAGAGGCAGCCUCUCCCUGGAGAAAAGCCCCCUGCAAGCCCUGCGCAAAGCUACCCUGUUCCCAGCGCAGCCCUGCCGCCUAGUCAGGGGAAUCCAAGGGGACGCAGGCGCGCCCCCUGGUGGCGGGGAGCUGCAAAGGCAUGUGAGCCCCCUCCCCACCCCCACCCCGCCCCCAACUGGCCAAACAGGAGCUUGGAGGGGGCCAGCUGCGCGGGAGCAGAGGAGGGGGCUUCGAUCUCACCUGGGCUCUGGGCUUCAGCCGAGUAUUAUCGGCAGCGUGUCUCCCAGAUGCCCCCUCUUCUAAGUCUCCCUCCCGGGGAUAGCAAGUUAAUUAGCAUAAGGGCACCGUGAUGGGAAGCCUGGCCCUCUACCCAUUUUUUUAAUAUCUGCGGAAUAAACCCAAUGGUUGAUUUUUGAAUGAAUAAAAGGCUUUUGUUGAAUAAA